AUGGGCAUCGGCAGCUCGAUUGGGACGGCUCUGUCUUUCAUCAGCCUGCUAUGGAUACCGGCUACGCUGCUUUGCUGUUUGCCGUGGGUGCAGAAGCAGACGCUAUACCUCCACAACAUUACCUUUUUCCCAGGAAAAUGGUUGACGGAGCCUGAAAGAGCUGGCUAUCUCAAGAAUCAAGUCGUCCCCUUCCGCAUCGUGACAAGGGACAAACACGAACUGUUUGCUUGGCUUAUUGCGCCUCUUGGCGUGUAUGCUAAGCAUGUCGAUGCUUUUACCAAGGAGAAAACAGGCACCAACGUCGAGGACACCGUUGCGUUAAGCUCACUCUGCCACGACUCAGAAGCCAAGCUUCUCAUCUAUUUCCACGGAAAUUCCGCGACCUUGGCACAGGAGCGUCGGACGAUUGAGUACCGGUCGUUUUCGGCCGGGGCAUCAGAAAAGAUUUUUGUCUUGGCCUUUGACUAUCGUGGGUUUGGCCUCUCAAAGGGAGAGCCGUCGGAAGCUGGCCUGCUCGACGAUGCAGAAGCCGUGGUAGAGUGGGCGAUGAAGAAAGCUCAAAUACCCCCAGAGCGUAUUGUGCUCCUCGGUCACUCGCUAGGCACGGCCGUUGUAUCCGGCAUCGCUCAUCGCUAUGCGACUGAAACGGGAAUUGAGUUUGCAGGCCUGAUUCUGUGCGCGGCCUUUACGCAUGCUGGCAACGCGUUCUCAUCCUACUCGAUUGGUGGCGUGGUGCCCAUCCUUGCGCCCGUCCGGGUCUUUCCUAGGCUCCAGCAAUGGUUGGCGCAAAGAAUGGUUUGCACAUGGCGUACCGACAGACGGCUCGCUGAACUGGCGCGAACAUGCUCGAGGUUUAAUUUGGUCCUGGUGCAUGCCCAGAGCGACUACACGAUGCCGUGGCACGAGACAGAAGCGCUCUUCCAAUCAACUCUGCGGGCGGCCAGAGACGCGGGGGCGGAUGCGGGCGACGAGAGCGCAAAGGACGUCCAAGUCGUGGAUCUGGGCGAGGCCGGCCGGCAGGAAACAUGGCAAAGCGGCUCGUACAGGAGGAUAUCCAAGACGAUUGCAAAGCACGGCGUACAUGCGCGUGUUUCGGCUAUUGUUGGGCCGGACAGCCCCACAGCCGUCUGA